AGUAGCACGUAGAGGCCACCAAUUAAGGAUCAGGACUCCACUGUAUGAGGCACUUGUACAAACAGAUGAGAACAUUUCCUACCUGAAAAAGAGAUGACAAUCUACAUAAGAGUAUGAGUGGCAUACACAACGAAAUAACAAUGGUAACACAAGAUGAUUAACAGGAAACACCUUGACAAUAUCAGUGAACUCCAUGAAGAUAUUAGUGAACUGAAUGAAAAAAUUAGUGGACUUCAAAGAGAACUUGGAUGGAGAAAAGCCCUAGUUUGUCCAACGAAUGUGACCCUGGAUCCAAACACAGCAAAUGCCCAGCUCAUCGUGUCUGAGGAUCGGAAAAGCGUGAGGCGUGGAAUUGCACGGCAGGAGGUGCCGGACAAUCCAGAGCGAUUCCAUUCUUUCUGUUUGCUGGGCUGUGAGAGGUUCACCUCAGGGCGACAUUACUGGGAGGUGGAGAUUUUGGACACUCUCUUCUCUGUGUUCUGA